CAGCAUUCAGAGGUAAGGAAGACUUUAUGGUGCUUUGAGUGGUAAACUGAACAGUGCAGUUGUGGAUAAUGGGCGAGGUGUCCCAUCAUGUAAUCCAGGCGUGGCUAGGAUGGAUGACAGUGACAGAAGGGCGGAACCUUGGACCCUCGCAUCAGUUUAAAGGUUCUCAGUUCCUUAUGAAGAGUUAAACGGGAAGAUAAAGUCACAGAUUCUGACACAACCUCCUCUGUCGAUAUAUUGGCGAUCUUUUCAGAUUGUUUCCACACAUCUGUUUUCAAAUCAUAAUGUCAAACGGGGAGAGAGUGGUGUUGGCACUUGGCGGUGCAGGUACCGUGGGCUCCGGGAUUGUGAAGGCGCUUUUGGAUAGGGGUUUCAGGGUGGCCGUGAUCUCGCGCGACAGCGCCCGAUUGGAUAAGCUCAAGGACUUUGUAUCUCCAUCCACCAAAGGCAACCUGAUCACACUAGUGGGGAAUGUUGGCUCAGAGGAUGGUGCAGAAGAGGCUAAACAAGCUCUGCUGAAGCUAGUGGGGAAUGUGACAGAUGUGGUGUCUUCUUUGGGCUUUAGCUGGUGGCAGGGUGGACCCCCCCACACGCAGACUGUAAAGGAACUGCACUGGGUCAUCGAGACCUUGUUGCUCAGCACCUUUGCCUCAUGGAAAGCCUUCUUCCCCUUGGUGAGAGAUGAUUCUGACUGCACCUACACAUUCAUUACAGGUGGUGCUGGAGAGAAGCUGCUGAUGCCAGGCACUGGAUUCCUGACGGUGGGAGCGGCGAGCGCCCUGACCUUCUGUCAGGUUCUGCGGGAGGAGUACCCAGACGUGUCCUGCAAACUUAACCAGGUGAAAAUCAACACGGGGGUGGGCACUCCAGAGCGCAUGGCCCCUGGGUUCCUGAACCACCUGGAGCUGGGCCAGGCAGUGGCGACACUCAUCGAGAGACGGAACACUUCCCACACCAUCUACCCAGUCAGCUGCCCUGCUGACCUCAAAACAGUCAUCCUGGAGGGAAAUCUGUAGGUUCAUUUGGGAUGCCAUCAGCAUUCAGAACCAUUGUGUUGGGCUUCCCCUCGUUGGACUUCCACUCUGUGCUAUUGCCAGUUGGCGUGUAUUUCAGUGUAUGUGUGUUGGUUCAGCUGUGUGUGUGUGUGUGUGUGUGUGUGUGUGUGUGUGUGUGUGUGUGUGUGUGUGUGUGCGUGUGUGUGCAUGCAUCCCCCUUCGCAUGUCAGUAACGAGGAUAUUAAGAGAAUAAGGGCAAAGCUUUGUAAUAUCGGCCACAAAUGUAUUAUUUGCCAGGCUCAUUUACAUUAUAUUGAGUGGACAGAUGGACAACAGUGAGCACUAACCCAAUGUAAAUGUAAUUGCUAAGUGCAUGUCCUGGGGAAUAGGGGGGAAAAAGAAAAAGAGAUGGGGGAGUGAGUUUUAACAUAAUAUUGUUUUAUUAUUUUAUUUUAUUGUACAGAUCUUUGAACUUUCAUAGAUGCCAUUUUGUUGGAAUCUGUGUGUGUAUGUUUAAUGUGUGAAUAUGUGUGUGUGUGUGUGUGUUUGUGUGUAUUUGUGUGUUUGUGUGUGUGCGUGUGGCGGGAAGUGGAAUGCUUGUUGGCAUUUUUCGCAUCUCCCCGUCUUGCUCACAAACACAUCUUGCUCCCAGCCUCUGUUCUCCCGCUUGUUUGGAUCCAAUUAUCCAGGUCAACCAAACCUGUAGAUAAACAUUUAGGGGGGCUAAAUCGGCCAACCCCCCACCUUGUCACACACACUCCCAUGGAUUACCCAUAUGCCACAGGAAGAUGAGACGGAUUUGAGAAGAAGAGAGUGUUUGUGCCGUUGUUUACAUCCCUGUCAUUUGCAUAUGUGCUUUGGCGAUAUGAAUGUACAUUUGUCAUGCCAAUAAAGUAACCUAAAUUCAGA